AUGACUCCGCAAAUCGCCUUGAGGCCGACAAGCGGCAAUUCUUACCGGGCUGGUGAAAUCAAACGGCCAGCAUUUGACUCUCAAAUUGCGUCAAGUGCCCAUCGCGGACAGUCCUGGGUUCAUUCAAUGGCUCGCUACACCUUGGGGAGCCCUUCCAAUGCCCCGAUCAUUUCUCCCAACAGCGACACCGGUUCGCAUGCUGUUAUGAACGAUUGGGCUGCUACCGAGCAUGGCCAGCUUGUGAGCGAUCACCACUUUUCCAGAGCGCAAUCAGUGUUGCCGGAAGCUGCCGAGCUAUCACCACAGAGGUCCAAUCGGCAACAAAGCUUGGAAGAGUACAUUGCUCAAAUAGAGAAUGAAGUCUUGUGUCGUCCGCAGGAAGACGACGUUGAUGGCGAUGCACCGAUGCCAAGCUGGCAUGAGAUGCAAGACAACGAUGCGUUUUAUCCAGAUUGUGCGUCCCAGGCACAUCAGUCUUACGCCGGUGCGUACGACCGUGAUUCGCCGGAGGACAGUCACUUGAAGAACCUGUCGAUCGGCGGAACCCAUGAUGUCGGCGGGGGCUUGAUGCACAAUUCGCACGUCGACCAAGAAGAGCAGAGGUUUAUAUCCAAUUUCUGGCGGCCGAAUCGUUACUGA